AUGCCGUGGUAUGCUCCGUGGUCCGACGUGAUCAAGAAAAAGAUCUGCCGGUUUCUGCUCCAGCGCUACCUGGGACGGUUUCUGGAGGAGAAGCUGUCUCUCGAUCAGCUGAACGUCGACUUCUACAACGGCACCGGCACCGUGCACAACGUCACACUCUAUUGUCAGGCCCUGAAUGAACUGUGCGAAGGUCAAGGAUGGGGUGUCGAGGUAACCGGUGGACACAUCGGAUCGGUCACAGUGAACGUGCCGUACGAGUCGCUGCUCGCAAAGGAUAGCUCGAUCGAGGUGUCCAACCUCACCAUAAGCGUGCGGCCAAAACCCCGACCCACGGAUGGCACUUCGAUGCUCGAAUCGAUGUGGUCGUCGAUGUCUAGCUCGAUGCAACUGGCACAGGAAUACCUAGAGCGGGAGAGCACCGUCGGGACACCGGAUCCUAGCAAUGGCGGUAGCGGGACCACCCCCAGUGGCAGUGGACUGCCGUCGAGUGCCAUGGAAGGGCUAGAAAACUUUGCACAAAUCAUCGACAACGUUUUGAAUAGGAUUAAGGCGAAGCUGUUGGACACAGAAAUUAGAAUAGAGUAUCUGACACCGGAGGGUGACCGUGGUGUCGCUGUGAUAGUGAAAAUCAAAAGUAUCGAUUACCAGAAUGAAGCUGGUAACGAUCCACCGGACCGCAGCCCGAGGCCAUCGUCUGCUGCUGCAUCGGAUGUGUCGGGCCCGUCGGUUGGUGGCAGCACCAAGCAUUACCAACAGCAGCAGCAACAACAAAAAUCGUUCCUCAUAGCGACACACGCUACGCAUCACAUCACGAUCGAGGGCAUCACGUUCUACACGGAAGAGUUCCGGAUAGAUAGUCCCAAGUUGCGCCGGCGGCAACGUCCAACGGCGCACGACGCUGGUGGCAAAGGCGAAAGUAUGAUUGCAAGCGAGCAAUUUCUUAGCACGGUGUCCAAUCUUCCCGAUGCUACCGGCGGCUCAUUUAUGCCUAACGCCAGCUACGAUGGAACCGAGUUCUUUGGACGGAGUACCGCAAGCCCCUGUGAUACUGGCAGCAGCAGCAGCCCCGGGAGUGGUGGGCAAAGUACGGCAGCGCUCGGUGAGGAUGGAAGAUUUUACCGGCGAAGCGACAGCAGUGGAACGGACCGCGAAACCGAAGGGGAGGAUGAGGACGAAGGGGAUGACCACGGUGAAUCCGGGGUACGUAUGUACCCGUCCGGAGAGAUUAUUGUCGGCAAGGUCACUUCGAAGCAGGAAAUUCGGCUGAAGAUGAAGCAGGCGGACAAUUUGCCUGGACCAAACGUGGAACUCGAACUGUCGGUGGGCUCCAUCCAGCUAUUCAUGACACCGAGGCAGCUGCAUUCGCUGGUGCUUCUAUGCGAUGGAUUUCUGGGCGGCGCCGAAGAACCGAUGCCCCCCGAAGUGAAACGGACCGGCGGAGACAUGAGUGGUGCCGCUCGCCGAAGACAGCAAGAAGCGGCCGAUUUGGAUUUCCAGCAAAACAUGGCACGCAUGGGAGGCGGUAUCGGCAUCAACCAGGGUUGGUCACUGGCCGAUCCGAUGCAGGCGAUGAUUCAAGAGCAGGCCGAAUUCCUGGAGCGCGAGUUCCGUGACGAAGGUGUCUGCUCGGAGUCGAUCAUGUCGUCGAACAGCUCGAUGACCAGUUCGUUUACCUCCUCCAGCACCGUCUCUCGUACCACUUCUGCCGCCAGCCGCCGUCGCAUGAUCGACCCGGACGCGAACGCCGACAUUUCAAAGUUCAAUGUGCGAGUGGCGGCCAUCGCGCUCGUUCUACUGCACGACGAUCUGCUGCUGCUGGAAGGCAGCGAUCGGACCACGGAGCGAAUGGGAUCACCACUAUCGGAAGCCAGUGUGCAGCAGCUGCAGACGAAAGCUGAUCGAUUUUUCCGUGCCAUCGGCAGCCUCGGGUUCGGGCUCAGUGCGAACGACGUGGUUAACGCCGGGCUCAUCCUCGACAGUGGGUGCGAUAGCAGUCACCUGCGAUUGCUUCUGGCACCGAUUAUUCUUGAAGGCGACGAACAGCGAAACCGGUGCGGUUCACUGUUACGCUUCACGGUGGCGAUCGCACGAGCCGAUUUCCGUGAGGCGCUUCCGGAACUGUCGGUGCCACUGGUGGAGUUCCACCGCGAACAGCGCCCUACGCCCAGUGCAUCCAGUGCUCUCCCAAAGCGGCCCGAAAUAGCCAUCAAUUUCGAGCAAAGCUGCAACGCCUUGCGCGGUGGCACAAGCGGUGGAAAGCGUUUUUCACCGCCACGCACCAAAAUCCAUGUCACGAUGGCACCGUUUUUGACCGAGUUUGAUAUAACCCUGCUCGAUCGACUGAGUUCGGCCCUCUAUCAGGCCCCUUUCGCGACCUACUACCACGCUCACUCCGUGCGCACGCCAACAGUUUCGACCCCCCACAGUCCAUCGACGCCGUCGACGAAUCGAUCGAAAAUGGAAGCGAAAACCGAGCUGCAGCUCGAAUCGCUGGAGGUGGACUUUCGGUUGCGCUUCCCCAUUCCGGACCUUCGGCCGAUACACGAUCCUCAGCGGGUGCCGUGGUGGCGACGUAACGUUCGGCCGGACUAUCUCCUGCUGAAGCUUGACCAGGUGCGCACAGUGGUCACGCUGAAUCCUCAUCCACUGUACGAUAUUUCGGCCAACGCCAUUAAACUUUUGUACUACGAAACGGAUUCGAAACCCGGCGCCAACGCAGCCGGGGUGAAUAUUGGUAAAACUGUGAUGCAAGAAAAUGCCUCCCCGGGACAGGUGCCCGCCGUUACGUACCCGCGCAUAGUGAUUGAGAUGCCGAGCGAGGAGUCGUUGCAGAAAAGCUUGCUGGAAGGUGGCACUACGGCGGAGCCGCCAACCAAAGCAACGCAGCGAAGUUCCGGCGGACAGCGUAACUACGAGGAAAGCGACAGUGAGCCAACGUCGGGUGAAAGCUUCGGUGUGGCCACGGGAUGUUCGAAGGAAGACACUCCGUUCAGUGCGAAGCGUGUGUGCCGGGAAAGCGAUACGCCGCAUUCGAAAGCGGCCACGGGAGCGCCGGAGGCACCGGAAACGCUAACACUGCCCGGCGAUACGGAAGAAAUGAACACGUUCUGUGCGUGCGCCAUGAAACGCUCCAAGCUGCAGAUACGGAUUGAUCUCCCGGUUGUUAGUUUGCAACUGAAGUCGAAGCAUCUGUACGAGCUAAUUUACAAUCGCAUCAGCACGGACCUGUUGCUGUGGGAACCGAGCGCUCCGUCGGCGAGUUCCGCGCCCGAAGCGCAGCCGAAUGCUCACAGCGCAACGAAAGUGUCCUUCUGCGAGCCGGAAAUAAACCUUGCCGGAAUGGGCAUGAUGGACUCGAUCUACAUGCCCUACACAAUGUGCCAAAGUGGAAUUCAGCUUGAUUCCAGCUCGUCCGCAUCGAACUCGGAAACGGAAUCCGAUUCCGAUGGCAUUUUUUACUCGGUGUACGAUCGAAGCACGAUGCACGCAUCGGGCAGUGGAUCCACGGCAGGGGCCACCGGAAGCUUCACAGGAAGAAAAGGGUCUUCGCACUCGCAGCGUAAAUCGUCGCAUGGUGGCUUUAAACUAGCCGCCGGCUUGCCGGGUUCGAAUGCCGAACGGUGCAGCAACACGGUCGCUUUUCAAAUCAACAUUGGCCAGGGAAUCGUGACCAUGUUUGCACCGGUUCGCGAUGGACAGAAGCACGUCAUUCCCGGGCAGUUGGGUGAGUCCGUGGUGCGCCUCAAUUCCGGUUACAUCUUCUCGGUGAGCGGCUUCCGUGGCAACACGAACCUGGGCUACCUGUGCAUUCAGGCAAAGUCGGCCGAGUUCUAUCACUGCGGUUUGAUACCAACCCCGUCGAGCAACCCGCCGUUGCGGCUCAUCAACAGCGUGCUGCCGCCGUAUCUGCAGUGUACCCUGUAUCCGACACCGAAAAACUUAACGCUGCAUGAACAGCGUGGCUGCGCGAACCGCGAGAUGCUGUCGUUGGCGAUUCAAAUAAAAACCGUACCAGAUCUGGCCAUCAAGCGCAUCCGGAUGGCAGCUGGCAUUCAGCUGACCACUCUCCGGCAUCACUCGACCCUCCCGCAGCACGCCUGGUUGACCCAGCUGCUCGACAUGCUGGACGUAGUCGACUAUCCGGUGCCUGGCUACACGCCGCUCGGCGUUGUCACCGAGAUGCAUCUGCACCUGUGGGACUGUGCGAUCGACUAUCGGCCACUAUACUUCCCAUAUCGUGCCAUCAUCACCGUCGGGUCGUUCAUGAUCAGCAGCAACAUUACGACGGCCAGCAGUGGCCUUACACUGAACUUUAUCGCCGAGGACGUUACGCUCAGUUUGGCACCGCAGCCAACCGUUUCCGCCGGCAAGGACAGUGGCCAGUCUUCCAGUGGUCAGUCGGGCUCAUCGACAACCUCCAGCAGCAGCAGCAAAAUCACAGUCCUCCCGUCGGCGGAGCUCGUUUGCGUGGUCGAGGUGGGACUGUUUGAAAUUUCGCUCAUGCUCAACGAGCGGGUGACGGUCAAGUUCCCGAAGUUUGAUCUCCGCACGGCCAUCAACGAUGUGCACGUACGCACGUGUGCCGAUUCGGCCCGAGCGUUGGCUCAAUUGAUCGGCUAUCUGGCCGCCGAAGGAGAUCUAUUGCUGGUCGACGCAGGUGAAGGAAGCGAUCAACUGCCACCCUCUGCGGCUCGGUCAUUGGCCGGAACCCCCGGUAGUGGCCCGGAUUCGCAGGAAGGCUAUUGCAGUAGAGGAGGUCUUCCGAUGGGAGGUGAAACCGAAGGUGAUUUGCUGCCGGUUAGGCCACCGUCAAGUACGAAUGCCCCAGUCGUGACGCCGAAGCAACAAGCACGCGUCAACACACUGAUGGCCGAUGCGAUGGAGGAAAGUUUGUACAUCGAAAGCACGGCGAGUGGUGACGAAUCCGUGGACGAUGCGCUACUCCACGGCGGCGGUGCUGGCGGCGAUGGUGUGGAAGUGUUUUUCUUUCCCGACGAAGACCAGACCCGGGUGCACUUCAAGGGGGACGAUGAAAGCAAAAAAGGACGGCUCGGUAGAGCCCGGCUACUCGACAGCAACAGCUGUAAGCGCCGCUUUGGCUCUGACGACGAUUCCCUCAGCAUCGACGAUGUUUCGAGUGUUCCUUCGUCCUUCCACGACGACGACCACUACCUGCGCCAGCAUGACACAAACCCUUCGUCGGUGCCACAAACGGACGAUGAUAGUAGCAGCAUGAAUAUGCGCGAGUUACUAAACUUCGAAACCUCAGUUCUUGGGCAACCACCGGUCCACUAUGGGCCGUCAGGGGACGUCUAUGACGACGACGAGGGUGCCUGCGAAGCACUGCCCCAGGUAACGAUGGAUCUGGGCGACGUGAGCAAGUUGAAUCGACGAGCGGAAGGCUCGCCCUCCGGGACUGUCGGUACUGCGGGGCAGCGUAAAAUUAGCUCGGACACGGACGAUGACUUUUGCAUCAUCGCCGACGAAGAGCGACCGCAUCCGGGCGAGGAUGCGAACCGAAAUCAAGAGGUGCCCGUAUCGGACGAUCCGAUACGGAUCGUGGACAAUCAUUUCAGCGUUCCGUCGGGCAAACCGGAUCUGCUGAAGGCGCCGGAUGGUUUCCCGUCCGCCGUUGAACGGUACACAAUCUGCGAGAUGACCGUCACCUGGCACAUCUACGGUGGGCACGAUUUUCUCACGAAAGAAGAUCGCCGCCGUCGAGCCAAACAUGCGCCCGGUAGUCAGGCGGGCACCGUCGGAACGGCCGUGAAAGCGGAAUCCACAGCCGCCGCAUUCACUGCGCCCGCCUUGCCAAUGUCGGAGGCAUACAAAUCGGGGGUCAGCUACUCGAAGGGAUCGCCAUCGGUGAGCUUUGGCGGUGCGACGAACGCGGCCCUCGCCCGGUUGACGUGGAAGACGCGGGGCGGCCAGGAACGGCGUCACGAUGUUACGAUGGAAAUCCACAUUAGCAAGGUACAGUUUUCGCACGAAUCAUACCCAUCCAACACAAAGGAAGCGUCCCGCCAGGUGCUGUUGAUCAACGAGCUCGAGAUCGUCGACGGGUUGGCCGUUUCCAGCAUCAAAAAGUUCCUCUACCACCCAAAGCUACCGAGUCGACCGCAAAGCAAGCAAAGCUCAAACCACCACAUGGUGGUCAUCAAAGCACUGCACGUUCGCCCGAAUCCGGUGCUACCGGCCCAGGAGUGCUGUUUGCGCGUCUCGGUACUACCGAUCCGCCUCAACAUCGACCAGGACUCGUUGCUUUUCUUGAUCACGUUCUUCAACCAACUCGGAGGCGGCGGUGAUCUGAAUGAUUCGAGCUCGAUAGCAGGUCCGUACCCGAAAGGCCGAUCAUCGCAGACCGUUACACCUGCCCACCAGCCACCGGUCAUGACGGUCGAACCGGUGCCUGAAGCGGUACAGGAGCUGCAAGCGAAAAAGAUGGUCUCCGAGAACCUGAUGCUGCUGAUCGAGGAAGAGGAAAAACACAAGGAGGCCCAAGAUAGUUCGGCGUACGGCAGCGAGGCGGGUGAUGCGGCACCGAUCUACUUCCGGCACGUCAUCUUCAGCCCGGAUGUGCCCAUUCGAAUCGAUUACCACGGCAAGCGGAUGGAGCUUUCGCACGGUUCGUUGGCGGGUCUGUUGAUGGGCCUCGGCCAGCUGCAGUGCUCCGAGAUACGGCUGAAAAAGAUCUCCUACCGGCACGGGCUGCUCGGUGUCGACCGGUUACUGAAUUUCCUGCUUCAGGAGUGGCUGCAGGACAUUAAGAAACACCAGUUGCCGAAAAUCAUCGGAGGCCUCGGGCCGAUGUACUCGUUGGUGCAGCUUUUCCAGGGUGUGUGGGAUUUGUUCUGGUUGCCGAUCGAGCAGUACCAGAAGGAUGGCCGCAUUGUGCGUGGACUACAGCGGGGCGCGCAGAGCUUCACGGCCCGGACGGCCUUGGCUGCGCUGGAAAUCACCACGAGAAUCAUUCAUUUGCUGCAGAUAACCGCUGAAACGGCGUACGAUAUGAUUUCGCCUGGCCCAUCGAUCCGUCGGGGUCGCGGCAAUCGUAAAGGAAAACGAAAGCGUCUUCACCCACCGCAUGACAUCCGCGAAGGAAUGUCCAACGCCAUACAGAUCGUGCGCGAGGGAAUUUCGGAAACGGCUCACAAUCUGGUGGAAAUCACGGCACUGGAGCAUGACCAGAAGGGAUACACCGGUGCCGUCGGGGCCGUUAUGCGCCAAAUUCCGCCGAUCGUGGUGCAACCGAUCGUGCUAGCCACACAGGCCACUAGCAACGUACUCGGAGGCGUGAAGAAUCAGCUCGUACCCGAUGCACGGGCGGAGGCACGAGAAAAGUAUAAGGAUGAUGUCGAGUGAUUCUGCGCCAGCCAUGCCGUCACCAUUGAUGGAGUGAUUAGGUGUAGGCUACAUGUUUUACCCGCCCGAGUGAAUACGCGAUUGAUCAAUCGACCUGGCUCGAUUGAUACUUGUCUUUUAUGUUUAUUCGUUAAUUCAUUUAUCUAACAUAAGUCUGUCCCCUGUCCCAGCUUCCCUCCUUUUUGCGUACCGAGGCAGCUGCACAGAUCAUAAUGCUCUGAUUUAGUAACUCCUAUGCUUCUGUGGCUUUUCGUACUCCAUGGAAACGAAACUUAAACUAACUGAUGUAAGUGAUAAAACGAAAGUUAAA